GAUGGCAAACUGAUCGAUAAAUCCAGCCUUGUCCAGGAUGUCUCAUGUACGUAUCCCAUGCACAGUGAUUUCAAUUCGGGAACUUUAUACAAGUUGAAUACAAGUAUAUGAAUUUUGCUCCUCUACUUAAAGUUCGCAAGUUCUGCGAAAGGCAGCAAAUGUGCUAAGGUACACCUCCAUAUUUCCAUUCCUGAUUUGUCAAAAUUAUUGAGUUCUGCUGUUGCGUUCGGAAGGCUGUGCUUUGCGCAUGUUCACAACAGAUCAGAGAACCACGUAGUUGCUUUUUGUUGGGAUAAGUUUGAACGCGGAUUUACUGCGCUUUCAUCGAUGUUUUCCAAUGCCUAGUGGUUCCUUUUGUCGAUUAGGAAUGAGUCGUCGCCUGGGAUAUUCCAUGCCUCAUUUUGGAACUAAACCAAACAGUGCACCUCCGCCUGGUCUGAAUUCUCGUGCAGAGAAUCACCAGAUGAAUUCGGAGUGCGCUGGAGGCGCACUUUCUUCACUGAGCAACGGAGCACCAUUAGCGAUCAAAAAUGAAGACCUAAUAGGGCAUUUCGAGUGUCCUGUUUGUUUUGAUUAUGCCGUUCCUCCAUUGCUACAGUGUCACAGCGGGCAUUUGGUGUGCCAAUUAUGCAGAGAAAAACUGAGUUGCUGUCCCUCCUGUCGUGGCCCCAUUGGGAGCGUCAGGAAUCUGGCUAUGGAGAAAGUUGCUGCAACAUUAGUGUUUCCCUGCCGAUUCAGUAAUUCAGGCUGCACACAAACUAUGGGUUGUUUUGUCAAACUGAAGCACGAAGAGGUAUGCGAUUUUCGUCCCUACACGUGUCCAUGUCCCGGAGCGGGCUGCAAUUGGAAUGGCCCGCUGGAGCAGGUGACAACGCAUCUGAAAACUGCUCAUUCCAGUAUCACCACUCUUCAAGGCGAAGAUAUCGUAUUUCUGGCAACGGAUAUAUCACUUCCGGGAGCGGUUGAUUGGGUUAUGAUGCAGACCUGUUUCAACCAUCAUUUUAUUUUGAUUUUGGAAAAACAGGACCGAAACGAUGGAUGCGUUUUUUAUGCAGUGGUCUAUUUCGUGGGAAACCGAAAAGAUGCAGAAAAGUUCGCUUAUAAAUUGGAACUUGGUGGUGAUAGACGCAAGUUGACAUGGGAAGCCACCCCGAUUUCUAUUCUCGAUGGAGUGAACGCUAACGUUUUUAGCCGCGAUUGCGUCAUGUUUGAAGAGGCCAUUGCCAAGCAGUUUGCAGAGAACGGGAAUUUAGGCAUUAACGUCGCCAUCACGACGUUUGAGCUGCUGGAUGCAAAUAUGCUUGCUGCGGAUGACGCUAUGUUCGAUUAGUCGCUCGAAAAGGAUUAGCCUGGCGUGUUUGUGGAAUCUGGUUCGGAUGUUAUUGUUAAAAACAGGUGGUGCAAACGCCUGCUUCGUAGCUGUACAAUAUCGAGUUUGGUUGGACAUUUUUUGUCGUCUUUAAUGUUCUGUACCCUUUCAGUCGUCCCAGUGUUUCAAAUAAGUAUGGGUUUUACGAAGUAUAUGAUAUUUUUUAAUGAUGUGUAGAUAAUUAUAAAUUAUUCAAUCGUGUAAAUUUUAACGCUUUCGCUAACUUCCGCAAUGGACAAGUAUGUAUGCAGUUGUUUUAUGAAUGUUCGAGUUCUGUAUUUGGAAAGCUAUCUCUGCUUGGUUAGACUUUACCGAUCUCUUUUUCUAUUUGCAAUAAAAUUCGAAA